AUGGGACAGGAGGAUGUGCCGCGUGCGCUCCCUCGCUGCCAGAGAGGGAUCCUGCUGCAGCCUGGACUCCUCGUAGCAAGUAGACGACUGGCGAAGAACCGGAGCACGAACCCCCCCGACCGGAGCACAGGAAAUCAACAGAACAUCCAGAACACGGGAUCAGAGGGACGCGCUGGGAACAUCAGAAUUACGGACUCCGAACACACACGUCAGCAGGCACCCCAACAGGCACAACCACAAUCCGGUGGCUCACCAGGGACGGCGCUGGAUUCAGGCACCAAUGCGCACAUGUCACGGUCCGAUCCUGGACAUCAGCGGCCCCGAGCCACGUGCUCAGUCCGGUACUGGAACUUCUCCCCCAGCAGCAGCCCUCCGUCACACCAGUCCUGGAGAAUCACCCCAGCUGAGAAGAGCCUCAGAACAGCACAGGCCACACCAUCACUUCAGUCCCACACCAACAAAAAAAUAUGGCGAGAGCAUAAUGGUGGCUGGCACCGUCAGUGUCAAGAUCUCACUGGGUGUGCAGCAGGUGAUAGUGCUGAGGUGAAACAACAACACCCCGCAGCUGUCGUGGUGGAUAUAACUGUGUUUGUGGGGCAAAUUCCUGUCACUAUCAUCACUGGAUAUCUAGGUGCUGGAAAAACUACCCUUCUAAACUACAUUCUGACAGAACAACACAACAAGAGGAUUGCUGUGAUCCUGAAUGAAUUUGGAGAAGGUAGCGCACUGGAGAAAUCUCUUGCAGUGAGCCAAGCUGGGGAGUUGUAUGAAGAGUGGCUGGAACUGAGGAACGGCUGCCUGUGCUGCUCUGUCAAAGACAAUGGUCUCAAAGCCAUCGAGAACCUGAUGGAGAAGAAAGGAAAGUUUGACUACAUUCUUUUAGAAACCACUGGACUCGCUGAUCCAGGAGCUGUGGCCUCCAUGUUCUGGGUGGACGCAGAGCUCGGCAGUGACAUUUAUUUAGACGGUAUCGUGACGGUUAUUGAUGCCAAGUAUGGACUACAGCAAUUAACAGAACAGAAGGCUGAAGGACUGGUCAAUGAAGCUGCUAGGCAAAUAGCGCUGGCAGAUAUGACUAUAAUCAAUAAGACGGACCUCGUGAAGGAGGAAGAACUAACUCAACUCAAAGAUGUCGUCAGGUCCAUCAAUGGCCUGGUGAAGAUUUUGGAAACGCAGCGAUCAAGGGUGGAUCUCUCUGAAGUCCUUGAUCUGCAUUCUUUUGACACUGAGAACGCAGCGAAUCUGUCUGAGAAGCUGCAGCUGAUGCGAUCUCCUCAUCCUCAUCUGGAUAAGAGUAUUGUAACCGUGACGUUCGAAGUGCCCGGGGACCUGUCCGAAGACUCGCUUAACGUCUUUGUCCAAGACCUUCUAUGGGAAAAGCUGUUCUGCAACAAAGAGGGCCACCCCAUGACAGUCAUACGGCUGAAGGGCAUAAUAGCGGUAGCAGGGAAGGAGCACCAGGUGAUGCUGCAGGGGGUGCACGAGCUGUACGAGCUGAACGAAACUCCUCAGACAUGGGAGGGCAGCGCUCGCAUCAACAGGCUGGUUUUUAUAGGUAGAAAUCUGGAUAAAGACCUUCUACGGGAACAGUUCAUCUCCAGAGUUUUGCACAAUACGAUGGUUUGA